AUGGAUCUCAAUAUGAGUGUUUCCACAAUAGGACUUGCAAUGUUUUUGUUUACGGUGUUCCUGUCCCUUCUCUUGAGAUGGGCGAGGAAAAAACACGGGAGAUUCUCUUUGCCAGGACCAAUCCCUCUGCCCAUCAUAGGAAACCUCCAUCAGUUGGGAGCUUUUCCUCACCGAAGUCUGCAGCGGCUGGCUGAGAAACAUGGGCCAUUAAUGUUGGUCAAGUUUGGGUCUGUUCCCGUCGUGGUUGCAUCUUCUUCUGAGGCGGCCAAGCACUUUCUGAAAACCCACGACUUGAAUUUUGCCAACAGGCCGUCUAGUGCCGCUAAGAAAUACUUGUUUUACAAUGGCAACGACAUUGCGUUUGCUCCAUAUGGGGAUUAUUGGCGAAAUAUGAGAAAAAUAUGCAUGUUGGAGCUGCUGAAUGCCCAGAGAAUCGAGUCGUUCAAAUGCGUGAGGGAAGAAGAGGCGCUGGCGAUGGUCCGAUCGAUCUGGGAGAAGAGCGAAGAGGGCAGAAUGGGCGUGGAUGUGAGCCACAUCGUUGCCUGCUACACCUCCAACUUGAUGUGGCGAAUCUUGACGGGCAGGACAAAUGCAGACCGCCUCUCCAGCGGGACUGCGUUUGAAGAAUUGGUUUGGGAGGGUAAUGCAUUGAUGGGAGCUGUCAAUAUUGGCGACCUCAUUCCUUGUCUGGAGUGGCUCGACUUGCAGUGCCUCAGGCGACGUAUGAAGAAUGUCCACCGCCGGUUGAAUGCUAUUUUUGACAAAAUAAUAAAUGAACAUGCGAAGCGCAGCGUAGAGGAGGGGGAGAAGGAACGGCAGAAAGAUUUGAUUGACGUGCUUGUGGAUAUGGAAAUCACAGAUGAAGAUAAGAAGGGUAUCAUUAUGGAUAUGUUUCUUGCUGGUAUAGAGCCUUCAGCAAUUGCAUUGGAAUGGAUAAUGAGCGAGUUAUUGAGAAACCCACAUGUGAUGAGGAAAUUGCAAGAAGAAAUUGAUUUCAUCGUAAAAAAUGAUGAAAAAAUAACAAGUUUUCAUAUUGUAAGCAUGGAAUACUUGCAUUGUGUGGUGAAGGAGACAUUAAGAUUAUAUCCAAUAGGCCCUUUGCUCAUCCCCCAUGAAUCUACAGAAGCUUGUGUUGUGGAAGGACCUCAUCAUGACUACUUCAUUCCAACAAAAACAAGGGUUAUCGUUAAUGCUUGGGCGAUAGGAAGAGAUCCAGGAGUAUGGGAAGAUCCACUGGAAUUUAGGCCCGAGAGAUUUAUGGGUAAAAAUCUUGAUAUGAUUAGAGAUCUUGAAUUAAAAAUGAUUCCUUUUGGAGAAGGAAGGAGAAGUUGCCCUGGUGCUCCCAUGGCCAUUGCCAAUAUGGAGAUUGCACUAGCAUACCUUGUUCACUACUUCAAUUGGAAAUGUGAAGGAGAGUUAGACAUGAAUGAAUCUUUUGGAAUCACCAUUCCAAGAAAAGUUCAUCUCUUUGCUAUUCCAACUUUGAGGCCAAGGGUGAAUGCACCUUCUUUCCUCAAAAUAUAA